AUGAUGCUUCCCGACGACCCGAUGAGAUGUACUGUGACUCUUGCAAUAUUUUGGUUUCUCGGCUUCACAUUGGUAUUAUGCUGGACCAUCUAUACCCUGCCGGACGGAGGAGGUGAGGCAACUUGGGUACCCGAUGUGCUCCGUCGAGAUACAUGCAUGAUACCACUGUGUCCUCUCGUUUUCAUCAUCGUCUCCGUCUUCUGGCCGAUCACCAUCUGUGUCUUGAUAGCCAGGCAAGCAGACGCACUUUGCAUGGCGGCGCUCGAGCGACGAACAAAAACGCCGAUGCGGGAGAUACAACACCACAAAGAAGAGUCCUACGCACUGCUGCGCAACGACGAAGAAAGCUGUGUCGGUGUCGAUGGCGGCAUCCCGCUCGAAGAUUUCAGUGACGAGAGCCCGCGCUCAAGUUGCGACGAAGAGUCCUCGCCACUUCCCUCAAAUAGGGUGCACAUUCUUUCCAGUGACGCCCGCCGCGACCUUCGGCUCAUGCCGUACCAGCCCACACGGCCGCCGUGUGUGAGGGGGAUCCUCGGGGCGAGGACAAGCUCAUGA